AUGGCGCUCCACAUCAGGAAGAGCAUGAAGUCGCUCUUUCGUUUCAAUCAAAAGAAUACUGUCAUUAGAAGAUUAUUCAGCGCCGAAACAUGUACAGAAUUAAAGGGUCCUUCGUCGGGACGUGUGUUCUCUGGGAUCCAGCCCACAGGUGUACCUCAUCUGGGGAACUAUCUGGGUGCCCUGGAGAGCUGGGUGGCCAUGCAGGGGCAGUAUAGCUCCGUGCUUUACAGCAUCGUGGAUCUGCACUCCAUCACUCAGGCCCAGGACCCGCAGCUGCUCCGACAUAGCAUACUGGACAUGGCAGCCAGUCUGCUGGCCUGCGGAAUCGACCCGAAUCGAUCCAUCCUCUUCCAGCAGUCACAGGUAUCGGAACACGCAGAGUUGUCCUGGAUCCUCGGCUGUCUCACCAGCAUGCCUCGUCUUCGACACCUGCCCCAGUGGAAGAUGAAGAGUAAGCAGAAGAAUGAGGGCAGUGUGGGUCUUUACACUUACCCUGUGUUACAGGCUGCAGACAUACUUCUCUAUAAGUCCACUCAUGUUCCUGUUGGGGAGGAUCAAGUCCAACAUUUAGAGCUGGCCCAGGACCUGGCCCGAAUCUUUAACAACCAGUAUGGAGAGUUCUUCCCUGAACCACGGGCUCUACUCAGUACCACUCGGAAAGUCAAGUCCCUCCGAGAUCCCUCAUCUAAAAUGUCCAAGUCGGAUCCUCAGAAGCUCGCCACGGUCUUCCUCACCGACACACCUGAAGAUAUCGCCUUCAAAAUCCGUCGCGCGGUAACAGAUUUCACCUCCGAAGUAACCUUCGACCCCGAAGGACGACCGGGCGUGUCCAACCUGGUCUCCGUGCACGCCGCCGUGUCCGGUCAGAGCGUGGAGGAGGUUGUCAGGCUGGCCCGAGGCCUGGACACAGGACAGUACAAAACUCUGGUGGCCGAGGCCGUCGUCCAGAAGCUGGAGCCGAUCCGGCUUGAGAUCCAGAGACUGAGGGCUGACAGGGGCCACCUGGAGAGCCUGCUUACCCAGGGAGCAGAGAGAGCCCGUGCACUGGCAGCUCCAGUUCUCAGAGAGGUCAGACAGCGAGUGGGUUUCUCCUGAGAGAUGGGGGAUAGAGACUGUUCUUUAUCAAAGCGACCUCUUUUACUGUUGGACACAUACUUACGAGAGCCUGGGACGCCCAGAACCCUCCUAAGGGGGUGA